AUGGCCGCGACGUGUCACGCAUACGAUGAGUGCUCCAAAAUGGAGGACGCAAUCGUGAACACCCACCCGCCUUUUUCUGGACAGGUCACGGCCACAACGAGGACUGAUGACGCUGUGCUCGACACGCACUUCCGCUUUUUGGAUCUUCCCCCGGAGAUCCGCGAUGCGAUAUACUCCCUCGCUCUGGUAGACCCGGAAUCUGCUCGUACCGGCUCGGAUGCUGACAGCCUUUCGGCCAAGCCCUGCGAGCAGCGGAAGUGCUGUUUUGCCAUCUUACGGCCGUGCAAGCCACUGACAGCGAGAACAUUCCACCCUCUCUACUCCCUCUGCCGGCAAAUCCGCGUAGAAGCAAGCCGUGUCCACUGGGGCGAGCAUCUGCUAUGUAUGGAGAUAGACCCAGAUGAAGGAGGGCACCACCCGCUCGCACUGAACAUCGAGCCCGACCUGCAUACAGCAAUGCAGCUCGUACAGCACUGGGGGCUUGACUUUGGAGGGAUCACGCGUUUUCGAGCCCUCCGGGACUUGACGGUAAGGAUUGCCCUGGAUCAGGUCGUGGAUGUGCGCGUCACCUUUGACGGGGCGAUGCGGAUGGGGGUAGAGUGGCUUCAGUACGAUGAAUCCAAGAAGUCGAUUCCGCGAGACGUGAUGCAGUGGCAUCUCGCGAACACGAAUCACCGGCGAGUGGAGAAUGAAUGGAAAGGCGAAGGAAUUGUGGAUUUCUUCACUGGCGAUGCUGGUUUGUGGGAGACGUGGUUUUAUAUCAACUCGGAAGAUGUGGAGUGUGAAUAA